UUCGUCUUUCGUCUGGGCGCUGACAGUGACAGGGGAAUGCCCCCUAAUUGUAAAUGGCCCUGAAGGUAUCCGCCCCGUAGUAUUCUCAAGCAACCCGACCUAAACUGGGAUAGGAGCUUGUGCUGCGCUGAAGUGCUGGCAUUCCGACUGGCAUCGAACCACGGAUAUCAUCCAGCUCGUCGCGACAACCACUCAAUUACCAAACCCAAAAGCUCGACAGGACAGCGUCCGUCGGCCGGCAAGAUGCUCUCCGGUAUUCUGAUCUUCAAUCAGAAGGGUGAGAACCUCAUCUUCCGCGCAUUCCGCAAUGACUGUCGCCCGCGCCUUGCCGACGUCUUUCGUAUCCAGGUUAUUUCGAACCCCCAGGUGCGCUCGCCCAUCUUGACGCUGGGAAGUACCACAUUCAGCCAUGUCAAGCACGAAAACAUAUAUCUGGUGGCCAUCACCAAAAGCAAUGCCAACGCUGCCCUGGUCUUCGAGUUCCUGUACCGGCUCAUCCAGCUGGGCAGGGGCUACUUCGGAAAGUUCGAUGAGGAGGCCGUCAAGAACAACUUCGUGCUUGUUUACGAGCUUCUGGACGAGAUUAUCGACUUCGGAUACCCUCAAAACACCGAGACCGAUACCCUGAAGAUGUACAUCACAACCGAGGGCGUCAAGUCCGAGAGAGCAGCAGAGGACUCGGCCAAGAUCACCAUGCAGGCCACUGGUGCACUGUCAUGGCGCAAGGCUGAUGUCAAAUAUCGAAAGAACGAGGCCUUUGUUGACGUUAUCGAAGAUGUCAACCUGCUUAUGUCUGCGACAGGUACUGUGCUUCGCGCCGAUGUCACAGGUCAAAUCAUCAUGCGCGCGUAUCUCUCCGGUACUCCGGAGUGCAAAUUUGGACUCAACGACAGGCUCUUACUCGACCAUGACGGUCUACAAUCACUACCCAGCGGCAAUAGGUUAGGAAGCAAGGCGACAAAAGCAGCCGCCGGAAGUGUUACCUUGGAAGAUUGUCAGUUCCACCAGUGCGUCAAGCUGGGCAAAUUCGAUUCUGAUCGCAUCAUCUCUUUCGUUCCUCCAGAUGGUGAAUUCGAGUUGAUGCGUUACCGAGCGACCGAAAACGUCAACCUACCUUUCAAGGUACACGCCAUCGUUAAUGAAGUAGGCAAGACCAAGGUGGAAUACAGUAUUGGUGUCAAGGCCAACUUCGGGAGCAAGCUUUUUGCGACUAAUGUUGUCGUGAAAAUCCCGACGCCGCUCAACACGGCGCGCAUAACCGAGAGGUGCACACAAGGAAAGGCCAAGUACGAGCCGAGUGAGAACAACAUCGUCUGGAAGAUUGGUCGUUUCAGUGGACAGAGCGAAUUCGUGCUCAGCGCCGAGGCCGAGCUUACCAGCAUGACCAAUCAAAAGGCAUGGUCGCGUCCUCCUCUCAGUAUGAACUUCAGCCUCCUGAUGUUCACGAGCUCAGGUCUUCUUGUUAGAUAUCUCAAGGUCUUCGAGAAGAGCAAUUAUUCAAGCGUAAAAUGGGUACGGUACAUGACGAGGGCAGGGUCGUAUGAAAUCCGUUUCUGAGCGCUACUUUGCAUUGGCCACUUAAGUACCAUUCCUAUCGAGUGGUUGAGAGUUGGAGCUCGAGACUACGAUCUCAUUGA